AUGGCGGAGCAGCACAGCGCGCCGGAACAGGCUGCCGCCGGCAAGAGCCACGGAGGCCUCGGGGGCAGCUACAAGGUGAUCGUGUACGAAAUGGAGAACUUCCAGGGCAAGCGGUGCGAGCUCUCGGCCGAGUGCCCCAACCUGACAGAAAGCCUGCUGGAGAAGGUGGGCUCCAUCCAAGUGGAGUCGGGGCCGUGGCUGGCAUUUGAGCGCAGGGCCUUCCGCGGGGAGCAGUAUGUCCUGGAGAAAGGGGAUUAUCCUCGCUGGGACGCGUGGUCCAACAGCCACCGUGGUGACAGCCUCCUGUCCCUCCGGCCUCUGCAAAUUGAUGGUCCGGAUCACAAGCUGCAUCUCUUUGAGAACCCGGCUUUCGGCGGCCGCAAGAUGGAGAUAGUGGACGAUGACGUGCCCAGCCUCUGGGCUCACGGCUUCCAGGACCGCGUGGCGAGCGUCCGGGCCAUCAACGGGACGUGGGUUGGGUACGAGUUCCCCGGCUACCGCGGCCGCCAGUACGUGUUUGAGCGGGGUGAGUACCGCCACUGGAACGAGUGGGACGCCAACCAGCCACAGCUGCAGUCUGUGCGCCGUAUCCGCGACCAGAAGUGGCACAAGCGGGGCUGCUUCCUCAGCAGCUGA